UCUAUAAAACGUCAGACCAUACUUCUGCCCACUUUGUUGUGCGUAAACCAUCGGACAGUGAUGGAGAUGACCAGACUCUCCACCGGCGCACAGAGCAGCCCGAGCCCUGCUGCGCACCAGCUCAGCGGCUCCACGUUAGGUGCUUCCCAGGUUCAGAUGGACGGACAGAGCGCUGGCUCCUCCAAAGUCAUCGCUUGCAAAAACGCAUCGCAGCACCUGAGUGCAUCGGGGAUUAAAGCGGGUUUGGGGAUACUUAAAGCGGUCACGUCUCAGUGGAAACAGGAGAAUAAGACGCGCUCGGGGACAACCGUAAGGCAGCUGUCCACUGCCAACAGCAGCCAUCCCAACAAGAGAUCCCCACUGGAUCAGCUGGCAGCUCUGGUUCUCCAAGGUCAAACCUGGCACCGCCAGAUCGGCCAAGAGAACCGAAAGGACGCUCUUCACUCCACCAAGCCGCAGAACUGUAAGCGCAUCGUGGUUCUCGGUGCGCCACGCGUCGGCAAGACUUCCAUCCUGAGAAGAUACCUUCGGGACGGAUUUGUGGAAGAUUACAGUCCAACCUCAGAGGAUUUCCUCAGGAAACUCUUCAGGAUCCGCGGGGAGAACUACCAAAUUGACGUCUUAGACGCGUCCAGGGAAAGAGACUUCCCGGCCAAGCGGCGGCUGUCCAUCCUCACUGGAGACAUUUUUCUUCUCGUGUUCAGUGUAGAUGACCGGAACUCUUUUGAAGAGGUGUGCGCCCUGCGAAGGGAGAUCCUCGCUGCUAAAUCCAAACUGUCCAAGUCCUCCGUGGCAGAGCUGUGCGCACGGCCGCAGGUCCCCCUGCUGGUGUGCGCCAACAAGGUGGACCUCCAGGAGUCGGAGAGGGCGAUACCAAAGUCAGAGGUGCUCCAAGCCCUCGGGGACGACUGCGUCUUUUUUGAAACGUCUGCGAAAGACAGCACUAAUCUAGAGAAAGUAUUCGAGACUCUGGCAAAGCGUGGCGGACUUCCGACUGAAACCGGCCCGUCUCAGCACCGGAAAGUCUCCCUUCGGUCGUACCAGUCGAUGCGCACAGGCCAAGUGGUGGGGAGGGGGAGAGAGGCGCCGGGGCGCGACGGCCCCUGCGGCGCCCUGUACCCGCUUGCUCGUCGGCCGAGUUUUAGCACUGAUCUCCGGCAAGUGAUUGGGCCGCAUACGGCAAGAAAAUCCGACAAAGCACUGGAGAAAUGUCAGAUUCAAUGAGAGACACAUGAGACUAACAAAUAAAUCACCUAUAUUCACUUAAAUAUGAUAUGUGUUAUCGUUGUAUUAUGCCAUGCACAUGAGAUAAAA